CGUCCCCGCAAACCAAACCGCAUCAUAUCCCCAGACAAAGAGCACCCAGCUACUAGUACUCCACGCAGGCCAUUCGCUACUUCUUUUCUCUAGAAUAGCUAUCUUACUCAGGACUGAUCCAGGCCUCGGCUAUCUACUUGCGGCCGUCGUUUCUGAACUUCCAAAGGAGAUCAGCCUGCCGCAUACUCUCGGCUUCGGUUGUAUAUAUAUUUACCUGACGGGUGGAGAUUCUGGCAGUCAGCUCUUUACCCACCAUCUUUACCUAUUCGACGCGGAUACCCUAGACCAGUUCGAACCGCUACCAUGGGCAAACAACAAGCAGGUCCCGCCUAUGUCCUCGGCGUGGGAAUGACCAAGUUCAUCAAGCCUCGAGGCAAAGUUGACUAUCAUGAGAUGGGGUUUGAAGCCGGUGUGAAGGCGAUGCUGGACGCCCACAUCAACUACGAUGAUGUCGAACAGGGUGUGGCCUGCUAUGUCUACGGUGACAGCACUUGCGGUCAGCGUGUCUUCUAUCAGUUCGGCCAGACUAAGAUCCCAAUUUACAACGUCAACAACAACUGCUCGACCGGCUCGACGGGUCUGGCUAUGGCCAAGACCUUGGUCGGCCACGGCGCCGCUGACUGCGUCCUCGUGGUUGGCUUUGAGAAGAUGAAUCCUGGCAGUCUCCAGUCUGCCUACCAAGACAGAGAGAACCCGAUUGGACCGCUCGUUCUGAUGAUGAUGGAGACGAGAGGCUUUGGGAACGCCCCCGGCGCUGCCCAAAUGUUUGGCAACGCGGGACGAGAAUACAUCGAAAAAUAUGGAGCGAAGCCGGAAGAUUUCGCAGAAAUUGCUCGCAUCAAUCACGAACACUCCAAGCGCAACCCGUACUCACAAUUCCAAGACGAAUACACCCUGGAGCAGAUCUUGCAAUCGCCCAAGAUCCAUGAGCCUCUUACAAAGCUGCAGUGUUGCCCGACCUCGGACGGAGCCGCGGCCGCCGUCAUUGUCUCCCAGGCUUUUCUCGAUGCGAGACCUCAUCUGAAGGAACAGGCCGUUUUGAUCGCCGGCCAGACUAUAGCGACAGACGCUCCAUCUGUCUUUGACCGCAGCGCCAUUGAUUUGAUGGGCUUUGAGAUGACGCGCUAUGCCUGCCGUACUGCUACCGCGGAGGCCGGCGUUAACGUUAAGGACAUCAAGGUCUGCGAGUUGCAUGACUGCUUCUCAGCUAACGAAAUGAUCACUAUUGAUGCGCUCGAGCUGUGCGAGCCUGGCAAGGCACACGAGAUGGUGCGCCGCGGUGACAUCACCUAUCGCGGCAAGAUGGUCAUCAACCCGUCGGGAGGUCUCAUCUCCAAGGGCCACCCUCUCGGCGCCACAGGUAUCGCACAGUGCGCCGAACUUGUUUGGCACCUGCGUGGCUGGGCGAACAACCGCCUCAUCGACGGCACGGACGCAGCACUACAACACAAUCUUGGCCUGGGAGGUGCAGUGGUAGUGACAGUGUACAAGCGUGCUGACGGCAAGACUGCCGCACUGGUGCCGUCGGAUGUUGUUGCUAAAGUGAGCGGUCUUGGAUAUAACCCUGCUGUCGAGGCCAAGGGUUUCACGUUAGAGCAGGCCAAGUCGGUGCUAAGCAAGAAGAAUUUCAACGACUGGCCGCUGGCAGAUACCCAUGAGAAGGUUCUGUCUCGAUUCUAAGCCAUCAGUCUGGAAGAUUGUACAGAGAUGCGAGGAUCAGAGUACUCCACAAGUUAUCUCCGCAGUCAAGUUAGUGUAUACCCCCAAGGCGUCGGGAAAAAAGUAAACACGGCACAAGGAAUAACCUCCUGUGUGGCCAUUCCAUGGUCCAUGUUGAGACUGAACAUGGCUACUUAGGUACUUAACUAGUAGUGAGGAAGCCGAGAGAUAAAGCUCGUUUCUGCCACAUUUUACCGCCUAUAAACCAGAUCCCACUGAUUUCGCUGACAUAAUCACAAGCUGCUCCACAGGCUAGCGAAUUAAUUAAUAAAAUUUCACCUUUUUUUCC